AAAUACACUUUAUAUAUUCAGUAAUUAAUUCUGCACUAAAGGACAGUUUAAUUGUUUCUUAAACUGCCUUAUAUAUCCAACUUGCUAAAGAUAAAUAUAGGAACUCAGUAUUUUCAAAAGAUACACUCAACCUUACUAGCUCAUCAAGCUCUGGAUUCUUGUAUAUAAACUGAUAGACAGCUUAAGAAAAUUUUGUCUCCAUCUCUUUAUCUGCAAAGGAAACCAAGAAGAUAUCAACCUUUACUUAUACACAGAAAGCAAUAAAAAUAAAUCUGAUCUUCUCAUAAGUUCACAUAUUCACCAUCUCAAAAGCACUCUAUAAUGGAAGACAAAGGAAAUCCAUCAGAAUCAGAGCGCCUUACCUUUGCUCUUCCUGUGGAUUCUGAUAAUAAGGCAACUCAGUUCAAAAUACUAUCGUUAGCAAAACCCCACAUGCGAGCCUUUCAUCUUUCAUGGAUCUCUUUCUUCGCUUGUUUCGUCUCCACUUUUGCAGCCCCACCCCUCCUCCCAAUUAUACGUGACAACCUCAAUCUUACCGCAACUGAUAUCGGAAAUGCAGGGAUAGCCUCUGUCUCUGGUGCGGUCUUUGCAAGGCUUGUCAUGGGGACUGCAUGUGACCUCUGGGGUCCCCGUCUUGCUUCUUCAGCCCUCAUCCUUCUCACUUCACCAGCAGUUUACUUCACUGCCACUAUAAAUUCUCCUAUUUCUUUCCUCCUUGUCCGCUUCUUCACCGGUUUCUCACUCUCCACCUUUGUCUCAACCCAGUUCUGGAUGAGCACAAUGUUCUCCGCUAAGGUCGUCGGGACCGCAAAUGGUGUUGCAGACGGCUGGGGAAACCUCGGUGGCGGGGCCACCCAGCUCCUAAUGCCACUUGUCUAUGAACUGAUCAGAAAAAUGGGAUCAACUAACUUCACUGCCUGGCGGGUUGCUUUUUUCAUCCCUGCACUGUUUCAAACCAUUACAGCAUACAUGGUCUUCUUCUUUGGCCAAGACCUGCCAGCAGGUAAUUUUAGAAGGCUUCAGAACUCUGGGGAGAAAGCAAAGGAUAAAAUGUCAGAAGUUUUCUACCAUGGGAUCAAAAAUUACAGGGGGUGGAUUUUGGCCUUGGGUUACGGGUACAGUUUUGGAGUUGAACUGACAGUAGAUAACAUAAUCGCGGAGUACUUUUUUGAUAGGUUCAAUCUGAAACUCCAUACCGCUGGACUUAUUGCAGCAAGUUUUGGGUUAGCGAAUUUUGUUUCUCGACCUGGUGGUGGAAUGUUCUCUGAUUUUAUGGCAAAGAGGUAUGGGAUGAGGGGUAGGAUCUGGAGUUUAUGGUUAGUGCAAACUAUAGGAGGAGUGCUCUGUGUUGUUCUAGGAAGAGUAGGAUCAUUGGGUCCAUCAAUAACAGUGAUGCUGAUUUUUUCGUUUUUUGUCCAAGCUGCAUGUGGACUAACCUUUGGGGUAGUUCCUUUCGUAUCUAGAAGAUCGCUGGGGCUCAUAUCAGGAAUGACAGGAGCUGGUGGAAAUGUGGGUGCAGUUUUAACGCAAGUCAUUUUCUUCAAAGGUGCUCAAUACUCUAAAGAAACAGGGAUAACCCUAAUGGGUAUUAUGAUCAUAUGUUGUACGCUCCCAUUAGCCUUGAUCUACUUCCCACAAUGGGGUGGAAUGUGUUUUGGUCCAUCAACUGCAGAAAAUGCCACUGAAGAAGAGUAUUAUGCAUCUGAGUGGAAUUCUAGAGAGAAAGAGGGAGGUAAACAUCUGGGAAGCUUGAAAUUCGCAGAGACUAGCAAAAGUGAACGAGGUAGAAAAAUCGCUUCUCAACUAAGACCAACUAGUGGAACCUCACCCACUACUGUUUGACAACUACCACUAUAAGGUACAUAUGUUUUAGUUCUAUCUAAAACUCCUAAAAACGAUAAACUGUUUCCAUAUCAAGAUCUUCCUUGUGAAUACUACCAUAAAGGAUUAGUAUUUAAUAGCUAUGAAAAGUAGUGGACUGCUAUGUUGUUGUGUCAGUUAUGGUAUCAAGUGGUUUGUACUCAUUUAGUUAAGUAUGGUCUUUUUCUUCUUUUCAAUUCCUUUAAAUUUGAGUUUUUGUGUUUGUGAAAACUUGAAGAUUAAGUUUUUAUUACUCUCCUUUGUGAAAUACAGAAGUCUUGUUAUAUGUUAUUCUUCACCACAUUUAUCCA